AUGCCUCCAUUCAAAUUCUACAAACUACCGUACUUGGCCCAAUAUCUAGUCCUACAACUAAUGACACCUGCAGAAGUGUUUUAUCUGACUUCUCUCUCCGUCUCCAUCAAAAAUAUGACAAAACGGAUGAGAUGGUGCGAACAGUCGCCACGUGUCUAUCUUUCACACUGUUUUACCUUUGAAUCAGAUGAGUUUUAUUGGAAAGUUUUUGUUGGAAACAAAAAAAUGCCUGUCUUGGCAUACCAGGUAUUUUCUGAUGAAGUGGAGCAUCCGAAACAGGAGGAUACCGGAAAAAUGAAGCUUUACUACAAACCAUCCGCCAGCCCAGAAUUCCCGUUUUACUAUAUGUGCAAGUCUUCGGAUGUCGACAAGUUUUGGGAGAAAAUUCAAAAAAGUCUUGAGGAACUAUUUCAAACCAACAAAAUCGAAGUAUCCGGGACUUUGACUGAGAUUCCGAAAUCGAUAACCUUUGCGGAUUAUCGAUUAGACUGCUUCCGUCCGGAGGCUGAAAAUUUGGAACAAUUUCUAGAAAGUUUAGACGGAAAAAAGUCGCCGAAUUCGAUAGUUAUGCGAAGAAUAUACGGAACUCUACGCGAAAAUUCUAGAAUUUCGAAAAUCGAUUACGUCUUCCUACGUGAUGACGGGUACUGUAGAUCGGAUUUUUUCGGAAAUUUUCGUGGGAAAAACUUGUUCAUGGUGAGAUUAAGAGGCGGAAAUCAGGCUUUUGUCAGACUUAUCAAAAAAUGGCUGAAUGGAGAGAGAAAUAAUUUGGAAUCAGUCAUUAUUAGUCAUGGAUCAAGAUUCGACUCGCAUGAGGUGCUCAAUGAAUUCAAUUGGCUACCGUAUUCGGAGGAGAGACGCUCGAAAGUGUAUACUCCAAGUGUUGAGUCUAACUUUGAAAUCCCGCUGGAGACGUAUGACCACUCUGACGGUGUCGAUAUCAUUCGGGAAUCUGAUGGACUAUUGGCCAGUAUCAAGAUUAGUCGGACUGAAUUCACAUUUUUUGUUUGGAAGAAUCGAUUUCCUUGA